CUCUCCCAUUCUCUUCGCCUUGGCGUCCGGGGACGACGACGACGACUCGGCGCAUCUCCUGCGAGGACUGCUUGCUGAGGGGGCCCGGCAUCCUGAGCGGCGAGAGAUACCGCGCAGCGCAGGCCUUUUCGCGUACGAGGCGCGCGCGUGCUGCACGGGCGCCUUUACCUGCCAACAGGUGUUUCGUUUCCCAGAGCGACCCCCGUCCGGCCCGCGCUCCCCUCCCCGGCCCCGGGAUGGCCCUCAACAAAUCAAUGCACGCGAGGAACAGAUACAAGGACAAGCCGCCGGAUUUCGCUUACCUGGCGUCCAAGUACCCGGAAUUUAAACAACACGUGCAGAUAAAUUUGUCCGGGAGGGUGAGUGUGAACUUCAAGGAUCCAGAAGCGGUGAGAGCCUUAACAUGCACCCUGUUGAAAGAAGACUUUGGACUACAAAUUGACAUACCUUUGGAAAGGCUCAUUCCGACUGUCCCCUUGAGGCUCAACUAUAUCCACUGGGUCGAAGAUCUGAUUGCUCAGCAGGACGCUGCUGCUAAAGAUUCAGCUACAUGGGGAAUAGACAUAGGAACAGGUGCCUCUUGUAUUUACCCAUUACUCGGUGCAACUUUGAAUGGAUGGUAUUUCAUUGCAACAGAAGUGGAUGAUGUGUGUUUCAGCUUUGCCAAGAAAAAUGUGGAACAAAACAACUUAUCCAACCUUAUAAAAGUGGUUAAAGUACCACAAAAGACACUCCUGCUGGAUGCCUUAGAAGAAGAGUCUGGGGUCGUCUAUGAUUUCUGCAUGUGCAACCCUCCUUUUUUUGCCAACCAGCUGGAAGCAAAGGGAGUAAAUUCUCGUAAUCCCAGAAGACCCCCUCCCAGCUCUGUCAACACUGGAGGGAUCACUGAGAUCAUGGCUGAAGGAGGAGAGCUGGAAUUUGUCAAGAGAAUAAUCCACGAUAGCCUGCAGCUUAAAAAAAGAUUACGGUGGUACAGUUGCAUGCUGGGGAAGAAGUGCAGCCUGGCACCCCUGAAAGAGGAGCUUCGGGUCCAUGGGGUUCCUAAAGUCACCCACACCGAAUUCUGUCAAGGUCGUACCAUGAGGUGGGCGCUGGCUUGGAGCUUCUAUGAAAACGUCAAAGUGCCAUCGCCUCCUUCUAAGAAACGAAAGCUAGAGAAGCCUCGGAAACCAAUCACAUUCCUAGUCUUGGCAUCUACAGCUAAAGAGUUAGCUACUAAAGCUUCCUCAGUGGGGAUUGAUGCUGUUGAAGGGAUGGCAGUAGUUGCAGCAUGGAUUAGAAAAAUCCUCACCGACCUGAAGGUGCAGCACAAAUGCAUUCCCUGCGGGAAAGACGAGAUCAGUUUGUUCCUAACGGCAGUAGAAAACUCCUGGAUUCACUUGCGGAGAAAGAAGAGGGAUCGUGUCAGGCAGCUGCGCGAACUUCCUCGAGCCUCUGUAGAUUUCCUCCAAGCCACAACAGAAGGAAAGAACCUGAACGAUGCAAGUAACAUCACAGAAGGCGACCAAGGUGGGCCUGCUGGAGGAGACAAGGAAGGACUUGCUGAAGAUGACAGAGGUGGCCCUGGGGAAGACAACGGAGGUAGGUGCACAGAAGAUGGAAAAGACAGAUCCACAGAAAAUGCAUUGGCGGGACUUGGUUGCAGCCUUGGGUCACGAGAGGAUGGCAGACUGAAUAGAGCACCUGAUACUGAAGAAGAAAACCUCGAGGGACAUACCAAAGAAAACAGCCAAGCAGAGGAACCGGCUGUUGUUUUAGCAAGCUUAGAAGUUUCCAGUGAUGGAAAAGAGGAGAGGUCCAAGGACUUUGGCACUGGUUGCCUAGGUAUUGAAAUUGGAGAGGGUGCCAACAUCUCUAGUGAAUGGUUCCUUUUCAAGUGUAUGUUAGUUGUGAAGAAAGAAGGGGACGAUUCUUUAGUAGAAAUGCACUGGAUUGAGGGGCAAAACAGAGACUUAAUGAACCAGCUGUGUACCUAUUUAAAGAACCAAAUUUUUCGGUUGGCCACAACAUGAGGAUAUAUGUGAAUGAGGAAGAUUAUGUUAGCCUUAUUUUUGUAAUCAUGGCUUUUGUGUUAGCAUAUAUUUAAGGACAUCUUUGCUAUGAAAAGUGGCCAUUUUUAAAUCACUUGUGAAGUUUGAAGUUCUGGAAAUUCAUAAAGGCCUUGAAAAUAAUUUGUGGAUAGCAUCCAGACUAAACUAGGUGCACUUAGUUCUCGUUGAAACCAAUGUGAAAAUUCAGUCAUGACUUUAAGUUGCACAGACUUCAGUGGGAACUAAGUGCAAACUAGCAUAAUCCUGGACCCUACGCAUUUUGUGUAACAAAUUUUUAGCUGUUGAGAUAACAUAUUAGAAAGCAGCACUGUGUCUGCCUUAAAAAGGUAACGUUGUUGUGGAUUCUUCAUUGGCUUUUCCAUGUGCUUAGUGGAAAUUUUCCACAGUUGUAUCUGUCCCCUGUUUCCCUUGACAAGUGAUAUUAUUGGCAACCAUGAGUCAGCAGCUGUGUUCACAAGUCACAGUAAAGUGGGAUGAUGAACAAUUUAACCUGAAUGCCAACAUUACUCCUGCUUUGUUCCUCUACUGAUAAUAAGCAGCAAACUAUGAUCCUUGGCUAACCAUUACAUUUGAAAUCAAAACUCUGGUUUGUUUCACUCAAACCCCCGUUUGGUAAGCCAAGAACCAGAACGGCAAAGGGUAUUCAGGUACAAGUUACAAAGAAUUAUGGGAUGGAUUGAAAAUAUAUAAAGAUACUUUAGAGACUUGGCAAGCAUGUGUGACAUACUAGAGCCAGGUGAAACAUCCUAAACACUUCAAGUUGGGAAGAAUUUGAGUGCCGUAAAAUGGAUAUUGUAAAGAGAGCAAAACUGACUGUGUUAAGCUACAUGAUGAUGUGAUAUAUUGAUUUUUUUAUAUUAAAAAAAAAUCACAUAAUAAAAUAUUUUUUAAAA